CAAAUCAACACAAUUCAUCCACACGCUACCAUUACCAUAUAACUCUAAUUCUUUCAAUUCGAUUCCUAGAAUCACCAGCUUAAACCGCCAAUAUGUCCACAGCCCUCAAAUCCAUCAAAUCCCUCGCCCCCCUCCUGGACCGCGUCCUCGUCCAGCGCAUCAAGGCCCAGACCCAAACCGCCGGCGGCAUCUUCCUGCCCGAGUCGUCGGUCAAGGAGCUCAAUGAGGCGCGUGUGCUUGCUGUUGGCCCGGGAGGACUGGAUAAGGAGGGAAAGACUGUGAAGCCGAGUGUUAAGGCGGGGGAUAAGGUUUUGAUUCCUCAGUACGGUGGAUCCCCAGUCAAGGUCGGAGAGGAGGAAUACGCCCUCUUCCGCGAUUACGAGCUCCUCGCCAAGAUCAACGAGUAAAUCGACUCAACCACACCACUAACACUCUACCAUGAGUGGCACCACGAAGACGAAUUGGGGGAGAUUGUAGGAUAUUAUACAUGUACCAAAAAUGCUAGCAUGCGAUGAGGCGCGAACGGGGCAGGCAGGGG